AUGGCGACUCCAGGCCGCCAAAAUCCUCCGACCAAUCAACCCUCUCUAUCUUCCAUUAAAUCCACGCUCAAAGCUUACGCUCUCCCUCUCGUUCUCCUCGCGGCCUCGGUUUUCUACCAGCUCGUCGUUUUGCCGCGUAGUUUUCCGCCGUCCUACUACAAUGCUUUGGGGAUUCCCAGGUACAGUUCUAUUGAAGAAGUGACUCAAGCAUAUGAAGAAAUUAUUUCCAAGUGGAAUUCGAGUGUUGAAGAAGUUCCUCAGACAGUCGAUCUUAUUAAGGUGCAAUAUGCUUAUGAGCUGCUGACAAAUCACUUGUUGAAGAGAGACUACGACGUAUAUAACAUCGAUGAAUAUUCUCAUGUGCUUGAAAAGGCCAAAGAGCAGCUUUCCGGAAAACCUAUUGCUGAAAUUGGCCGUCGACUGAUCGAUUCUGCUUAUUUUGAUCCAGAUCAAGAUCUUGGGUUGAUCACCGCUCAGAACUUUUUAUCCACAUUCGAAGAUGACAAAGCAUUGCUACUACAGAUAAUUUCACUAGGGAGCAAUCGUUGUGCAGAAUUUUCUAUCACGUGGAAGAGAAUUGUUAAUCUGCUGAAUGGGGUAGCAAAUACUGGAAUUGUUGAACUUGGUGAUGUUCAGCUUGCUGUACAUUUAGCUGAGAAAAAACCCAGUGGACAACCUUUCUUUAGAAGUGGGGUUCCAGCACUUCUGGCGUUUCCACCUGGAUGUAAAAGUGCGAGUUGUCUUCAAAGGUAUGAUGGUGACCUGUCAGUUGAUUCAAUCACAGAUUGGUUGGCAACAAGCAUCCUAAGUUUACCUCGAAUCCCGUUUUACUCUAAGGAUUCCCUGGUGCAUAAUUUUCUGGUAAAGAGCAAGCCUCAUCUGGUUAAAGUUAUAUUCAUCUCAAAAACUGGAGAACGUGCUACCCCAUUCAUUCGUCAAGCUGCUAGGAGCUAUUCAUCAUAUGCCUCUUUUGCCUUUGCUUUAUGGAAAGAGGAGGAAUCCACAUACUGGUGGAAUAUGUUCGGUGUGGAGUCUGCUCCUGCAAUAGUAUUCAUGAAAGAUCCAGGAGUUCAACCUGUUGUUUACCAUGGACCAAUCAAUAGUUCGUUGUUCACAGAUAUUGUGGAGAAGAACAAACAUUUUGUGCUUCCCCAGUUGAGAAAUUUGACUGCUAUGGAGUUGGGUUGUGAUGUUCAUGGUUAUUCGCGUGCUGGGACUGAUACCAAGAUUUGGUACUGUGCACUUGUUGCUGGAAGACCAAGUCAGGAACUCAACAAAAUGCGUGAAACUAUGCGCAGAGUGCAAGAAACACUUACAGAUGCUGAUGAGAUAGACAUAGAUGAUCAAGAACCUCAGUUAACACCAGCAGCAUUAGCACUAAAACAAAAGCGCCUAACAUUUGCUUGGCUAGAUGGGGAGGCACAGCAUCGCUAUUGUUUUUUCAACAUCCACUCAGAUGAUAGCUACGAGUCAUGUGGAACAAGGAGGGGGAUAACGGAUGUAGCACAGCUGUUCAUUGUACGUUAUGAGAGGCAUCCUAACAGUGAAAAUUUGGAUACCCCUAAACAGCCAAACAAUAUUUUUCAUGCGUGGCAUCACCCUGAGUCUGAUCCAGUGUCCUCGCUAGUCGCAAAAUAUAAUGGCUCGACCGAAGUUUCAGAGAUCAUAAACUGGGUGUCUCAAACAAUUAAAGAUGGCGAUACAAGAGAGAUCCCUCCUUUUAAAACAAAAGCCCCUGAACUGGUGCCUGAGGAUCCACCUCAGCUCUGGUCACAGAGUUCCAAGAAGUUGGUUUCGUCGAAGCAACUGAGUAAAAGCCUCAUAAACCUUUUAUCUGAUUACCUUGGUGACCCAAGAAUCGGUCCAUCAUUGCUUUUGCUAGCUCUCAUGUCAUCCGGUAUGAUUUGGCUAAACAGAAGCCGAAUGAUUCAAUCGAGUAACCAAAAUAAAUCUAAUCAACAAAAGGAGGAUGAGGAUAGACGAAGAAGGAGUCGAGCAAGGGAAAGUUUGAACAAACUGAUCCCACCUUCCAUGACUGAUGAGGAGCCAAAGGAUGCACGGCAAAUGGCAUUAUCAGAAUCCGACUCUGAAUAA